AUGGUAAUGAGUGAAAACGAAGCCAACAGUUUCUGUGUUGAAGUCAACGGUUGGACCGUUUGGUGUGAAAAGUUUGGUUCGGGACCCAAACCAAUACUUUUAAUACCCGGAGCCAUUGGGACCGGGAGGUCUGACUAUGAAGAGCAGUUAGAAGGUGCCGAUAAACUCGAUCAUGAUAAGUUCACAUUGAUCGCUGUGGAGCUGCCCGGUUGGGGCCGAUCCCGACCUCCCGUUAGAAAGUAUGGCACCGGUGUCUAUGAUAAUGAUGCUGAAUGUCUUCAUAAACUUAUGCAGGAAUUAAAUUACAAUAAGUAUUCACUAAUCGGUUGGUCUGACGGCGCGAAUGUAGCGCUUCGUAUGGCAACUAAAUAUCGACAAUCUGUUGAGUCCUUAAUAUUGGUCUCCGUUUAUACUUAUGUAACAAAUGAUAGUCUGAAAGCAUUGACUUCAUCUCAAAGUGUCGACAAUUGGAGUAAACAAAAACUCCAGUCUUAUCUCCAAAGUUAUGAUAAUAAGGACGUAAUCCAACAGUUGUGGACUAAAUACGUGAGAUUUAUUGAAUACUACAACCAAUACUUUCCCGAAAAUAAAAACAAUUAUCAAUCGAUUAAAUGUAAAACACUUCUCAUUCACGGAGAAAAGGAUAAAUGGUGUGAUUUGUCGCAAAUUAAAAAAUUAAAGCAAAUUAUAAACGGUUCCAACGCUUAUAUGAUACCAAACGGUGACCACAAUUGCCAUCUAAAGUAUGCCUCCAUUUUCAAAGAGGUUGCGGAGGACUUCCUAUUGGGACGGUUUGUAGACCCGGAUGAAAACGAUGACCCGCACAGCGGACCCAAUGAUCAAAUGAAAAAUAUGUUCAUUCAAUAAUCGCU